UGAUUAUCUUCCCCUCCCUCGCAAGGAACUCUUCCCAGUCCCUACCCUGUGAGUCCCGUCUCUGCCGGAAACCCGCGGCCAUAUUCCAUCUCCGUUGCCGUCUCCCGGCCUGUUGCCCCCUCCCAUGGGUUCCGGCCAAAGAUGGAGGGUUGGGCCGGCUUCGGCGCAACCCUUCACGCCGUCCUCCAGACCCCCUGUGUUUUCCUCUCCGAAACCCUCGACAGUGACAUUCUGUGCUUCGGGCGUGCCCCCUCCACCAGUACCGAAGAUCAGCCUACGGGAGGCCGGACGCCAUACAUAGUAGCGCGAUGCGGCCGGCUUACACGCCCACUAUCUCCCAAAGCAGCGAUGCACAAAUGCCCGGCGGUUUACAUCCCCCCUCCCCGCCCGCCCGAACCGGUUUGGUGUCUUUCCCUGUUCUUCGUUUCUUUGAACUGCAAACGACCUCUUCAGACUCGCCCGCCCAACCAGCCGCCGAGAGAUGAGGUCAGGCGUCCAAUCAACCCCCUCCCCCUUUCGCUUUGGCUACAGGGAAAGCCGCUCAAACGGGCCUAGCGUACGACGGCGAAUGCGUACACUUGCGAUAGCCUCAUCCGUCCAUCAGGCACCGUGAGUAGACGCGUUUGUUUUGGAGAAGGCAACGCCCGUUGAAGAGAAGCCGUCGAAGCCAGCGGGCAAACCCACGUCGCCGACGGCACAACCUGAUGGACCAUGGCUAGUUAGGCUGGAAUGCUUGCCGUCAUGGGAGGGGGGAUGGGACGUACAGGCUGCGAUACGCGGACGGCAUAAGAAGAUGGGCUGGUCGGUGGACGGUCUAUCUCUGUUACUCUAGAUACCCUGGUUGCACGAGAAUUCAUCUACUAGAGCAGUUGGCCGUCUUCUUGAGAACGCGUGAAGCCUAUAAAGCGAUCUUCAACUACGUCGCGGAAGCUCCAGAUAUCGAUUCCCGAUUUUUGACGACGUACGAAGCGCACUCCCGACUCUUUGCUUACCUUUCCGUCUUGUAUUGCAAACGCUCCUCACUCGACUCAAAUCAUGCCGACCUACUUCGUCUACGAGAAGGACCUCGUCAACCCGACGCCUCAGAUCCCGUCCCUCGAGGGAAAGGUCAUCUUCGUCACGGGCGCAGGUCUGGGCAAAUCAACAAUUCUCGCCCUCCUCGCCCACAAUCCCUCCCACAUCUACUUCUCCGGCCGCUCUCUCCCCUCCGCCGAGGCCCUCAUCGCCUCCGUCGCCUCUUCCCCCUCCUCCUCAUCAGCAUCAGGCACCACCACCCCGCCGCCCCUGACAUUUGUCCAAAUGGACCUCGCCUCUCUCGCCUCCGUCAAGGCCGCCGUCGCCGCCACCUUCGCCCACGACCGCCUCGACAUCCUCGUCAACAACGCGGGGAUCAUGGCCGGCCCCGCGGGUCUCAGCGCCGACGGCUACGAGGUCCAGUUUGCCACCAACCACCUCGGCCACGCCAUGCUCGUCCGCGCCCUGCUCCCCGUCCUGCAGCGUACCGCCGCCCUGCCCGACUCCGACGUCCGCGUCGUCACCCUGACCUCGCUCGGGUACCAGGGCCACCCGGCCGACGGCAUAUCCUUCUCGACGCUGCGGACGACGCAGGCCGGGCCGCCCUUUAUCGGGCAGUGGGUUCGCUACGGGUAUGUUGUCAGCAAAAUAUCACUCAUCCUCUUCUCCCACCCCCUCCCCUCCCCUCCCCUUCCCAUUUACGACGCCGGUGUGAGCAAACUCGCCAACAUCCUCUUCACCCGCGAACUCGCCCGCCGCCACCCGUCCAUCACCGCUGUCGUCGUCCACCCGGGCGUCGUCGGCACGGGUCUGGUCGCGAACCAGGGCCUCCUCAACCGCCUCUUCGUCCACGCGACCAACAGGAUCGCGGGCGCCUCGAUCCUCACGCCGGAAAAGGGGUGCUGGAACCAGGUCUGGGCGGCGGCGGCGGCCGGGAAGGGCGACCUCGCGAGCGGGGGGUUCUACAUGCCCGUCGGCCACCUCGCCGACGACCAGCUGGACAAGUGCGCGACGGACGACCGGCUGGCGGGUGAACUGUGGCGAUGGACGGAGGACGUCCUGGCCGGGUUUGACUGA